UUGGCAUUUUUUGAUAUGAUAUCCCCAAGAUCAAAUUCAGUAGUAAUUAAACAUUAAACAUAUAAUGGUUGCCAUGCUCUAUUUUUAAAAGCCUUGAUCAUUCACCCUCUUUACCAAUGCAACAUGAGCAGAUUGAGAAAAUUGAAAAAAAUAGAGGGGCAAAGGAGAAGCCCCCGAAUAUCUGCAUUGGAGGCUGAGGCUCAUGGCCAUUCAGCGAGUCAGGGACCUGCAUUUCGCACUAGGGGUAGAAAGAACACAAAUCUGAGGCCACUUCAACAACUCACACCUUCACCAAACCAGGUUGUGAAACAUUCUCGACAUCAAGAUAUUCAAAAGGAAACUGGUGAUGAUAAACCAUCAAAACUGCCAUCUUCAACAGUUUUGCCAGAAAAACGAAUACUUCAACUUGUACUUGACACUUUACAAAGGAGAGAUACCUAUGAAAUAUUUGCAGAACCAGUUGAUCAAAACGAGGUUGAAGAUUAUUACGCAAUCAUUAAAGAGCCUAUGGAUUUUGGCACCAUGAGAGCUAAACUACACGAGGGGAUGUACAAGAGUUUAGAACAAUUUGAGCUUGAUGUUUUCUUAAUAUUUGACAACGCGAUGCAGUUUAAUUCUUCUGGUACUAUAUAUUUCAGGCAGGCUCGUAUUAUAAAUGAACUAGCUAAGAAAGUUUUUGAUCUAUUAAGAAACAAUCCUGAGAAGUUUGAAUUGGAAUUCUCAGAAACAAGGCGAAAAGUAGGUAGGAAAAACCAAGGAGAUUUUAGAGAUUCAACAGACCUGAAAUCCAGUGAAAUAGCCAUUGGCGUCCCCUCAAAAACUUUGCCAUGUUCUUCUCGUGGUACAUCAAUCAGGAAAAUCUUCAUGGCAAAUGAUGGAUGUUCUGACAUUGCUAAGGAUGUUGAAGCUAGACAUGUUGAAAGUAUUGCAGGUACUAAAGGUAGUAGCAGAUGCAGAUCUUUCGAGAUUGAUAAGCGUUGUACAUAUAAACCUUUGUCCCUUGAGAAGGAUAAGUCAAUAUUUUCAACCGUUUAUGGUAAAUUGAAAUUUCUUAAGCACGUGAGUCAUGUUUACUCUCCUUGUGUAAUGCGUCAAUGAAGUU